AUGUCGGUUGGCAAUAGCACUCAGCAGGUGUCAUACGGUGACCUCUCUGCCAUUCUGCAGGAGACGGAGCGAUAUGCCAAGGUGAUAUAUGCUUCCUCUUCCGAGCAGUUGCUUAACCAACUCCUGUUCGAUUAUUGGGAUGGCCAGGAGUCUUGUGAGAUGCGCACGAAGCCGCCUCAGAAGAUUUUGGAUGGGAUAGUCUUCACGGAAGUUCUGAUCCUGCGGGCAUGGAAUGAACACCGUUUGGGACAGGCAGGUGGAUACGUCUAUCCACUUCAUAACCGUUGCUUCCGUGCGCCCAACUUCCCGUACGACCUCCCGAAGCCCGAUCCGGAUAUGCAGGCAUAUAUUGAUCGGGUCAUCUUGGAUGAGCAUGGGAAUGUUCGAGACGUAGAUGACGCUUUCCCUGCCCGUCGCACCGCGAAACUCAUGAACGCUUACUACGCAAUCCCUGGCCCACUUGAGCCCAAUAGCUUGCGGGUACGUCCUGAGUUACCUCGCAAUGAUGUUGCAGCUGCUAAACAGCCUGACCCUUCGCCAGUGGCGGUUGAGCAACCCCAGAGUCGUCCUGAGCCGUCCGGAGACGCCAAAGCGAGGGGAUCGCAGGGCACAAAGUCCCGUCCAACUGCACAUGACGACCACAAUCGACUGGCAGACGCACCCGGCACCAAUCUGGACUUCCCCAACGGCAAUAUCACCGCCGUUGAAAUCCUGGCCUUCUUCCCCCACUGGCUCAAGUCAUGGGACGUAAUUGACCGCUUGGUCAGCAACGGUUGGACAACGAGCGUGAUGACCAGGGUUAUCAACUGUCUCCGUGAGAUGCCUAACGGACCAGUCGCUUCAAACACGGUCCUUCGCAUGAUGGCACCUUCCAUGCGCCAUCGCCCAGAGGGCCAGUACGCAAAAUGGACAGUUGGGUCUCACCAGAUGCCAGCGAACUGGGAUCCUUCCAGCAUCUCAGUGACUGGUUUUCGGACUCCUCGCCUGACCCAUCCUCGUACAGGCAAUGGUGCGGACACCUUGAACGCCCCUGUGCCUCCGAUUCCCUUCAAGGACCUUGCCCGUGGGGUAGAGUUCUGGCCCGCCGGUUAUGAUGCGCUGGACCUCACGCAGUGCAUCCAAUAUCACGUUGCACACCCUGAAGAGGAGUGGCGCUUCCCUACGGACUUUGGCGCGCUCCUGGACAGGAUUGGUAGGAUCACGGUACUCCCAGAACACUCCGAUAGUGUGGCGUUCCAACGUUGGUGUGCCAACAAGAAUCCUACUGAUUUGUCUAGGGUUUCUGAAGCAGCUCAAAGCAACGAAAACGCGCCCCGUGGCAACAAGCAGCGCCGGGAGGAGGUUGAUUCGUCGUCGCCGGGAUCCGGGCAGGUAGAGCGUCCUUCGAAGCGCUUGCGCAUUGAUUCUGCUGGCGAGUCUACCAAUAACGCGCAACAAGGCGGAGUGAAUGGUAUUAACGACGCCCAGUUCAACCCUAAUCCCGCUCAACCCCCUCCCGCGUGUUUCAACAGCCUCGGGUUCCAAUAUCUUCAUACCAUUCAUCUGCCUCCUCCACAUGAGGUCGAUGACAUGGCGGAGAACAUCCGCUGGUCACACCAAAACUACGAGCAGGGGUUCACACUGAGCCCGCAAGACAUUGCUACGGUUACGGCUCUGCGGAUCAGGUCUGGGUGGUGCUCAGUGCACUGUCUCAAUGCCAUGGGUAGGAGUGCGUGA